AACCACCAAAACAGAGAGUUUUAAGAUGACAAACUCACCUGUGUGUAAUGAUGCUGGCGGUUCUUCGGUGGAUUUGAAUGUUCAUGGAGAACAAGCAGCUAUUUCUGAAGAAAAGCAAUCAAAGGUAUCAUCAACAGAAGUCAUACUCUAUGUGCCUGAAGAGUAUGCUGCACAUGCAGUAAAAAUGAGAUAUACAUUUAGUGGAGAGAGAGAGGGAAACAGUACGAGGAUGAAAUAUGACAAGGAGCUAAAGUUUUGGUUUUCUAAGCAAAUUCAGUGUCCACCGGAUGCAACAUUUUAUUAUGCUUUUGAUAUCUUCAAAUUAUUUGAUUUGAUAAACCCAUCAUACUCUGAAAGAACCUUUAAACCUUGUCCACAUGUGACUUCACGUAUAAGAACCUCAAUAGGAUCUUCAAAUGUGACAGAAUGUUUCAAAUUACACUUACAUCACAUUGCCUCAGAAAGAUUCAGGGAGUCAAUUGGAGGAAUGAUGACUGAAGUUGACAACAUAUGUAAAGUUGCAACCAUAGAUAUGCACACAAACGUUGGCCUAUUCACAAGAUUUGCAUCUCUGUUGGAAAAACAUGUGGAACAGCCAAAGGUACUGGCUAUACUUGUUUACUUGAUAGGUAAGUGGGACAUAGAUCACCAGACACUUGUGACAUGUUUGGGGUCACCGUUAUGUGUACUUACAAGCUUUGAGAUGUUCAAACCAGAUGAAUUGUCGAGAUCACAGCUUUCGGUUUUGCAGUGUUCUGCACAGAAAGUUUGUUUGGCUGCCUUUCCAGAAACAGCCUGUGUCCUUCUGAUGAUGAAGUACUGUUUCCAUUUGUUCCCUUGUUCAUAUUUUGUAUCCUUACAGAGGGACAACAAAUUCACAUUUGCUUCACGGGCCACUGAUUCAGAUUUUGACUUACAUGAGGAUCUAUUUCAGAAAAUGGCAAGUGUUGUUUCAAAGGAAAAUGCUGAUUCUGGGUCUGCUUUUCAUCUAUUUGAUUUGUUCAUGGAACAUAUCAAUGUGUUUCAUGUUCUUAAAUUUAAUUUUGAGAAAUACCCAAAUCUGAUUGACAGGAUUCAGAAGUUGAUAUCAAAUUCAGUUAUGAUUGAGAUCAACAGAAUCAAAUCCAGCCAAAACUGGAAUAGGCUGAGAGAUGUGUGCGAGAUGUUAUCCAGACAUCCAUGUCUUGUGGACAAAUAUUCAACAGAUGUCACAAACGUUACACUUAGUAUGAUGAAGUCUUUGGGUGGCCACACAACACCAGCUGAUGACACAAUGAAGAAAAUUUUGAUGUCCAAAGCACUCUUUGUACAGACAGAUGAAAAAGAGACAUUGAUAAAAACAAUCAGCAGAUCACCUUGUGAACAACUGCAUGGCUAUUUUCUGAAAAUAAUGGACAAGUGGACUCUUAAACCAUCAGUGAUAUCUGAAAGCGCUUGUUUGUGGAUGGAAAAUUUAACCAACCGUUUGAAAAGAAAAGACUCUCCAGCAGAUUUUUUGACAGAGAUGUAUGUGAGACUGUGUGAACUUUUAAGGGCGAAGGAAAUACGUCAAGAUCAGAGUCUAGCCGGCAAACUGGAAGAAAUGGUCUUCCAAACACUGUCUGCCAUGGAUGUAGAACUUGUUUUAAAAAAGUGUCUUGAAAAGGGGUUCAUGGUAGAUGACCUCUUUUUCACUCAUCUAGAACAAACAACAGUUGACAAGAGCAGAGGAUGCUAUUUUGUGGAGAUACUUCAGAAGCUACUGACUGCAUCAGAUUACUCUUAUUCGAGAAUGAAGAUAAUUCAAAUUGGAAUCAAUACACUUGGACGGAUAAUACAUGAGAACUCUGAUGAUAUGUUAUAUAUCAUCUUGCAGCAUUGGAGACUGUGUCAUUGUGCUUGCAUGCACUCUGAAUACCAGCCGUUCAGAAACAACAAAUCCUUAAGAAACAUUUUGACAUGUAGAGACAAAUACUUCAAGCAGUUUAGAGAUGGACAGAUACAACUUCAUGUUAUCAGAAAGCUCAAUGAUUUGUGCAAAAAAGAUCAUUUCAUUGCACUAUCAUUUCUUGAUCCACUGGAGAAGCAUGACAGAAUAGUCAAAAGCAUGAAGCAGUAUCUAGGUGAAGUAGAAGAAACUGAUAUUGAAGUGAAAUGUGUCUUAGAAGUGCUCAUUAUAAUGACUGAGAAUGCAGCCAUGGAGAUACCUUCUCUUCAACAAUUGAUGUACAGAAUGCAAGGGAAGGCAAAGGACUUUGAGAUAGGACUGAAUAUUGCCAUGAAAAGCAUUGUGGACAGGUCUUUCUUUGAGGAUUUCAAAAGCAUGUUAAACAUAUGCAAAAUGGACAGAUAUCUUUGGGAAUCAAAAGUCUUCUUGAAAAUGUAUAGAAACUCGCUCAGUGCUGACUCAGUUUUACAGGGUGGUGGUUCAUUGUUAGUAACAACUGUAUGUGAUCUGAUGGAAUUGACAAAAAGAAAAUUUGAGACAUACUGGAAAAGAUUAAGCAGUGACAGAAACACUCCUAUCGCAGAUAUUCACAUUAUAUCUAUUAAAGAUCUUGAAUGUGAAAUACAAACAGCUGAGAAAGUAAUGAACAGCUUUGUUCCUCAGCCGGUGAAGGAUGCGCUACAGUUGGAAUGUGACUACAAAAUGUACAUUGACAAGACAGACAUAUUGAAACGUUCUCUGAAGGUACUUAACCUUGAUGCUACAAAGGAUAACAAGUUUACCACAGCAGUAUCAGCAUUUAGUGCAAUUGAAACACACAAGGACACCUUGGAAUCACUAAUUACUGCAAGUGAAACCUUUCAAGAAAUAGACAAACUGAUGGACCGGCACAUUGUUGAUGUUCUCAAAGAGUUUUCUGAAUCAACACACCUUCUUGAUUUCAUUGAAGAAAUAAAACAUGAAGAUCUUCGGAAUCUAAUUGAUGCAGUUGAAGAACACUCUGAACAGUCAGUGCAGGAAGUAACGGUUUCAUCUCUCAUUGAUGUACGGAGGUUCCUGAGACCAUUAAUUGAAUGUUCCUUGCAGCAUUCAGUACUAUUAUUUCUACAGACUGUGCAGAAGUCAGUUGAAGCAAAUGAACUUACAAAGUUAGACAACAAACUGAGGGAGUGUAAUACUAAUCUGCAUGGCUUGCGUUCUCUCUACCACAAUUUAGCCAACAGAGGUGAAGUGACCAAGGAUAUUGUAAAAGCAUUGACUCGUGAUCAUAAGGCAAGCUUUUCAUUCACAAUACUGAGCAGGAGUAAGGUUCGUAUUGUGUUAAAGUACAGAGCAGACAAAGGAGAGAAACUAUUGAAUUCAAAUGAAUUGAAUGAUUACAGAAGCAGAGCUUUACUGUUAGUUAACACAGAAUCUACCGAACAAGACACAAGUCUUAAAUCUGCACUGAGUAAAUUUACUGAGUUGGUUGAUUGUGCUGUAGCAAUAGCAGGACUGUAUGAACAGUUGGUUUCUACUGGGCAUCCCAGUUAUCAUGUUGGACAUGUCAUCUCUCAGGAGAAAAAGCACCUUGCAGGUGAGGAGGAAGGACUGAAAUUAUUUUUAUCUGAAUGGAAUGAAGCUCUGGACAAAGCAAGGGAGAAAUGGUAUUGGUUAAAUCAUUUCUAUCCAGAGCAAGUUACCCAAGUCAAAGAUUUCCUUGAGGGUGGGUUGAACAGGGAAGCACUGUUUUCAUUAUUUCAAAGUGCUGGAUGCACACCUGGCAGUUUAGACACAGCACAAGAGUUGUAUUCACAACAUAAACUAAGGAUGUCAGAAUGUGAUGAAUUCAACUUAAAUGCCAUUGGUGCUACAUUAGAUGACAUUUUUGGAAAUAGCAUUGUUAAUGGUCAAGAGUUUCCUGAAGAUGAAGACUUUGACCCAACACAGGUACGUCCUCUGGAGAGGGUGCAAGAGGGUCAACUGUAUGUCCUCAACUGGAGUGAAAGUAAUGCAUAUAUCAUUCCUACUCUGAUGACUUUGUAUAGGAACACCACAGGAUGCAUACCAUGUCAUCAUCAAGUACUUUUCUGUACUGAAAAUACAACAUGGGAAAGUAUACAGCUGUUGCUCAACAGAUCAGUUGGAGGCAAAUACAAAGGAUUUAAGAAACAACUUUACUGUGUUGUUAAUGCAGAGAAAUUGAGAAAUGAAGUGCAGUUUCAACUUGUAUACAAACUAAAAGAACUUGGAGAAAGGAUACAAUAUCUGGCAGUCAUUUGUAGAGGAAACAUCAAUCAUCCUCUUGUGAACCACUUUUCCAAAAAUAUCCAUAAACUAAGACCUAUGUUAAACAAUGCACUCUCAAAAGGCAUUCAGCAAUUGUGGCCUGAUGUAAUUGUUGUUACAUCUGAUCUUCCAGGUCAAGGAAAAACUGAACAGGUUCAAUGUGAUGCUUUUAAUAAGGGGCUCAGUGUUGUGACCCUAGAUGUUAGUGGUAAUGUUACUGACAUGACACUGAUGUCAGAGUUAAAAGAGAUUUCACUGGAACGGGACAACCUUUUUCAUAUCAACAUAGGAAAUGUAUCUAAUUCUGAGGAAAUUGACAUUUUCAUCUUCAAACUCUGCAUUCUGAGGUUUAUGUCUUGUGGUGCUAACAUAUUUCCCUGUACAACUAGGCACUUACGUAUUGAGAUAGCCAACACAAUCAACCACACUCUGGAAAAUGAUUUGCAAACCAGUUGCUAUUUUGAAAAGAAAAGACUUCCUUGGCUAAAUUUUACAAAUUUAAGAGUUAGUCAGGAAGUUGGCAGUGCAGUUCAAGUUGUUUGUCACUAUCUGCAGAAGCUGAAAGAUGGUACAGUUGAUUCAACAGAUAUGUAUUUUGCUGGUGAGAAUAUUGAAGCACCACUUCGUGAAGAUCAGUGCAGAAUCCUUCUUAGAGAAUGUUUUUCUACAAUUGGAGAUUUGUCAUUUUCAGUAGUAAACAUUUUGUUGAAUGUACUUGCCGAUCAGUUGAAGAAAAUGUCCUGCAGUUUGUUUUUGAGGACAUCAAGUUUGUAUUCCAUGGUUGGUGACAACACAGUGAAGAGUUCACUUGUAGAGACUUUGGUAUCUUCAUCAACUGAAUUUGCAACAAGAUCAGUUGGGCCAUGUCGGCAGGAACAAAAACAGACUGUUGUAUGGACGAAAAGUGAGAAGUGUGUCCCCAGAGGCAAUAGUGAUAUGACAACUGCAGCAACAAUGGCUGAUAGAGUGCAGGGCAUGAUCCAGUGGGAGGAUAGCAAUCACUUAAUUGUAGCUUUCCACUCUCAAGAUAUCCAAACAUUUUCAAUCCUGUAUAGAGACUUGAAAAAAAUUCCAGACCAUGUCAAAACUCUCUUUGAGACACAGAUGAAGAAGGAACUACCUGAUUUCUCAGCGCUGCCUAAUUCAGAGUUGAAGAACAUAUUGAAACAUAUUGCAGGAUCACUUGAUGAAACCAAAAUACCUGAGUCUUAUGAAAUGACACCAGACAACCUGCUAAAAAUGAUCCUAAUUGUUAUGAGGAUAAAAGCACAUAUCCCAGUGAUAAUAAUGGGAGAAACUGGAUGUGGAAAGACCAGCUUACUAAGGUGCCUUGCAAGUGUAUGUGGUAUUCAUUUCAUUGCCAAGAACAUGCAUGCAGGCAUUGAGGAAGAAGAUGUGACCAGUUGUGUGUUAGAUGCAAUGAAGAUGUGCAAAGAUAAUUUAGAAAGCAAGUGUGGCUCUUUUUUGAUGAAAUAAACACAUGUGAUCAUUUAGGAAUUUUGAAUGAGCUUCUUUGUCACCACAGAUUCAAGGGUCAGAUUCUUCCACCAAACCUUGCUAUAAUGGCAGCUUGCAACCCUUACAAGACACGAAAAGAAUGUAACAUUUUAACAGCAGGACUUGUUACUAAAGUGAAAAGUGAUGAACAGUCAAAACUUGUCUACCGUGUUCACCCUUUGCCAGAGAGAAUGGUAGACUAUGUGUGGGAUUAUGGCAGCUUGACAGAAUCAGAUGAAAAGGCAUACAUAGGCAGUAUGGUCGCAAAAACUUUGGAAUCUCUGCCCUGUGAGUUACUUGUAGAUCUAUUGGUAAUGUCACAGAAAUUCAUAAGGCAUGUUGAAAAUCAUCCCUAUUGUGUUAGUUUGAGAGAUGUGAAUAGGUGUAGACUCUUGGUGUCCUGGUUUAGAGAUAAUAUGCUUGCACAAAUCUCUGAUAACAGCAACAGCACAGAUGAGAGGGAAACAGAAGCUGUCAUAAUGGCUUUGGCACACUCGUAUCAUUCAAGACUAAAUGAAAGCAAACAUAGGGAAGAAUAUCGACAAUAUGUACAAGGCCUUUUACAAAAGCAUGGUUUAAAUGUUGGUGAUGAAUUUGUUCUGGAAACAAUAACGAAAAAUCAGAAGGCAAUCCUUGACAAGAUGGAACUUCCUGAUGGCAUAGCCAGAAACACCGCACUUCAGGAGAAUGUGUUUGUCAUACUGGUUUGUGUCCUGAAGCACAUACCAAUAUUUGUUGUUGGUAAGCCUGGGUGCAGUAAAUCAUUGUCACUACAGCUUCUCAAAAGCAAUCUUCGAGGGAAAGAUUCCAAAAAUGGCUACUUCAAAAAGUUACCUCAGUUGUAUUAUGUGUCGUAUCAAGGUUCAGAAUCGUCUACAUCUGAUGGAAUCAUAAAGGUUUUGAAAAGGCACAGAAAUACAGAGAGCAUAACAAAGAGGAAGAUGUGUUACCUGUUGUAAUACUUGAUGAGAUAGGUCUUGCAGAAGUAUCUGCAUAUAACCCACUAAAGGUCCUGCACAGCCUAUUAGAGCCAGAGAGGAAAGAGUUCCCAGAUGUUGCUGUUGUUGGAAUAUCAAACUGGGCUUUAGAUGCAGCCAAAAUGAACCGUGCAGUACAUCUUUCAAGACCAGAUAUGGUUGUUAAGGAGUUGUACACUACAGCAGUGUCUAUUGCUGAAUUCAGCAGUGAAGCAAACAAAUCCAAAUCGAUAGACAGUACCACAUACUCAGAUUUGUCAACAGAAGUUGACUGUGUUUUGGAAGCUUUGGCAUAUGCGUAUUUUGAAUAUGUUCAAAACCAAAACAUCAGGAAUUUUCAUGGUCUCAGAGACUUCUACUCUUUGGUUAAAUUUAUUUCUCGGGAAUCAGAAUCUCAGUCAUCUGGCCUGAAGAAUAGGUUUCAAGUUGUUUUGAAAGGACUUUUGCGUAACUUUGGAGGUUUGGAAUCGGAAAUCAAAUUUGUGAUUCAAACAUUCAACAAACACUUAAAACGGAUGACAAAACAAGGACAACCUGUGGAUCUGACAGAUGAAUGUUUUCCAUCAUUAUUACAACUUAUUGAGGACAACAUCAAGGACACUUCUGCUAGACAUUUGAUGCUUAUAACAAGAGGAGAUUCAUCUCUAGGCAUUGUUGAAGAUCUUCUGCGAAUGAACAGGCGUCCAUAUAUCACUAUCUUGGGCAGUUGUUUUGAUGAAGAUCAGACAGACCACUACAGCUACAGAAUCCUCAGUAAGAUUAUCUUUUGCAUGGAACAAGGAAUCACGCUUAUUUUGAAAGAUCUGGGAAGCAUCUAUGGAAGUCUGUAUGAUAUGCUUAACCAGAAUUACACAACAGUUGGGAGCAAAAAGAACUGCAGAAUAGCACUUGGUGCAUACAGCAACCCAUUGUGUCAAGUGGCUGAUAGCUUUAGGUGCAUUGUUCUGGUGGAAGAACAGAAAGUUGACUUGUCAGAUCCUCCAUUCCUAAAUCGCUUUGAAAAACAAAGACUAGUUAUGAAUGAUGUGCUUGCUCCUGAAGCAAAGGUGAUUGCUGCACAACUGCAGUCAUGGAUUGAAGACAUUUCCAAAGUAUCAGGUUUUGAAUCCAUGAGUCCAACAGAGCUCCUUCCAAUAUUCAGUUCAGAUCUGAUCCCAUCAUUGGUACACAGUGAAUACAAGAGUACACUUGAUGACAGGGAUGAUUUUCGAAACAUGUGUUUGCAGAAGAUUAUCAAACUCUGUACUCCUGAAGGAAUAAUUCGGGCUGAAAAUUCAGCUUUGAUGACAAAAGAAAAGAGUCUUGUAAAAUCAAUAAGAGAACAAUACUUUUCUCUGCCAAUACAUGAUGGUUUGCAGACAUUUUUGCAACACAUGUUGGAGUGUUGUAGCACUGGAAUAUAUGCAAUCAUAUUUACUCACAGUAACAUAUAUGUUGACCUUCCAGCAGUUACCCAAAUCAGUACCUUGCAUGCCCAGUAUGAAAAGCUGGGGUCAUUCAAAUCUGAAAAGCAGCUGUCAAGUAGCAUACAACAGUUUUGGUCUGAUACACAUCAUAACUGGCUGUUCAUACAAGUGUCACAUGUUGAUCAACAACAUUUCUUUCUGUUAAAAUCCAUCCUUGAAUUGGAACAGAACAGAUAUUUAUCAACAGAAACUUCUGCAGGGAUCAUUAAACAUGUAGUUGUCAUCAUACAUGUGGACAGGACUACACAAGGCAGCCAAAUAGGCCUUGUGAACUUUUUAAGUGGAUGUGAUAUGGCGAUAGUCGAUUGUCUAGAGCCUCACAUUAUUCCACUGAAAGACUUGCUUCGUGGAACACUGGCAGAUAUGGCUCAAAGACAUCUGAGAAAGAGUGGGAUCACUUUACAAACUCUAUUUGAAGCUUUUGUGUGCAUACGAUACACAGAAAAGUCUCGGUCCAUAGACAGUAUUAAAUCAAUGACCAAUUUUGAUACAGUUGUGGAUGUCUUUUUUGAAAGAAUUGAGGAAUGGAUCAAAGAGACAGAGUCUAUCAGAGAAGAUAGGAACUGGCAACUUAAAACUGCAUGCAAUAUUGUGAAAUUGAAAAACUACAUGACAUUGCAAAAUGCACUUUUGGAAGAAAUAAAAUCAACACUAUUGCAUCCAGUAGCUGCUUUAGUGUUUACCAUUGAAAGACUAAAUGGGUGGGAUUGUGUAUGUACAGAAGCUGAUAAUGCAAUGAAGCAGGACAAACUGGGGCUAUGGAAAUGCCUUGUCUUGAAUAAAAAUGUUGUUGACAUAUCAGGAGUUGCAGAACCGAAGGGACCGGAAUGUCUCCCAUGCAAAAUGUCAACCUUUGGCACAAAAUUCCCUUUUAGUAUGUACUUUAUUCAUGCUAUUGAAAGUCUUGAAAGUAUAUUCUUGGAUCUAUGGAGGGGCAAACAAACUGAGGAAAGUGACUGUAUUGACAAGGGAGUUACACAGUUACUAAUUGAAUCAUUCAGAAAACAUGUAAAUACUGUUGCCACAGAUAUGUUUGAAUACAGCUAUGGAGAAGAACAGUUUGGUGACUACUUUCAUGAUUUCUGUCAAUGGUUCACAGCAAAACUGCCUUUGAGUAUGUCAGAAGAUCAAAUGAUUGACGUUACUGGUCAUGCAGUAAGAAGUCGUACCUAUCUUGACAGAGAUGCAUUUGACAUGUUUGUGACUAAACUUCAUGUAACAGCAUGGAUUUUUAAGUAUCAGUUGCAAUCAGAACUAAUACUUGUUGAUACCUGUCUCACACAGCUGAAUGUAUCACUUGAUGAUAUACUGAAACAUACUUAUCAACUGACAGAAAAGGUUAAGAAAAUUGAGCAAAUCAAAACAAGUGUGUACCAUGAAGAACAAGAUGACAAUGGAAUGGAAGUUACAGAUCAUGAUCAGCCAAGAAUUGAAAGGACAGUGCUGUAUGAGGAAGACAUUAUUUUGGAUUUAAAAGGAGACCAUCAUGACAGAACAGAAGAAAGAUGUGUAGACCAAAUCAGUUUGCCCAUAGAUGAUAAUGGAGAGGAUGAGAAACAGAAUAUGGUGCAAUCUGCUACUGCAAGUUGCCAGCAAGUUACAUGUGUCCAUGAAACAAUGGAAAAUAUGGACACAUGUGUAGAGAAAUCUAUUGGUGAGGAUCUAAAGGUCCUGCACACAGAUCCAGAAGUAAUUCAACCUGGUGCUGAACAGUCAGAUAUGUCUAGUGGUGGGAACAAUAUGAGACCUGAAGCUGUUGAAAUUAGUGGAAGUGAUGAACAAGAUGAUAGGUCAUUAAGAAACUCAGUUGAAAGCUUAGAACACAGCACUGAUUCAGAUGCAGCAGCACACCUUGUGGAUCUAGCAUGCCGAUAUCUCAUACCAUCACAGGAACUGAGCAAGGUACAAACUGUAAAAACAUGGCAGAGGUUGGUCAAUUUAGUUCUGUCACUCACUUCAGAUGUCAGUGUCGAGCCUAUGGUAUUACAAACACUUCGAGUAUGCAGUGAUAUGGCCUCUCUCAUCAUUCUGCCUCAUGGAGUAAGUGAAACAGAUUUCUGGGAUAUAGGCAGUAAGCUUUCAACUGACACCUUAGAUUCUGAACAUUCUGUGCUUGUACUCCAAGACUUUGUGAGAAAGGUCAGUUGCGAUAUACCUUCCAAAGAUUUGAAGCAUUUUCUUGCAUCAUAUGCAAGUUGUUGUCUUAUGGCUAAUGCAGAAACAGAUUUUGCUGAAACAUUGUCUGGCAUUUAUUAUGAUUGUGGGGAGGAUGGAAGUGAUAUUGCCUUCCUGGGUUCAGUACUACAUCACUUAAUCUACUUGCAAUUUGAACAUGAUCCAGAAGAACUGAUGACAGAUAGCUUACUGGAGAAUGAGUUUUUCAAAAUACUCGACCAGUGGUUGAGAAGAAGCCAAGCACAAGUUGAAGAUUCCCCACUAGCCUGUAUUAUUGUCGACCUCUUGCAAAACCACAUAUUUGCAAAUGUAAGUGAAAAACUUCAAAAGGAACCAUCCGAGUUUCUUGACAAACUUCUUGAGCUCAAGAGACAAUACAUGUGUUCACAGAAAGUGACUUUUAAAUCUCUGGUUUUUGUAGCAUAUCUCAAAUCAGCACUGCAAUGCCUGGUUACUUCAGUUGAAGAAAACAGCCUAAAAGAUAACUCUUGGCAAAAAGUAAAUCAACUUUUUGAAGGAGAAACCCUUUCUACAACAAGCAGAAUCCAAGGAAUGCAAACAUAUUUCCUCAAAUGUCUGACAAAGGGAGGAGGCAUAACAGCAUGCAUUAAUAUGAAAAUACAUUUUUCCAGUUCCUUGGCAUAUCUGACUUCUAUUAAGCCAGCUUCAGAUAACUCAGAGAAGUUUCUAGAGCAAAAUCCAAUGGUACUGUCUCACACAAGUUUGUUCUCUGAUAUAGAAAAGGCAGCAAACUGCCUCCUUGAGGGUGAUAUGAAGCCAUUUCAAACUCUGCUACAGGAGAAAUGUGGUGAUGUAAUUUACAGCCUCUUUGCAUAUGCGUUGAACCAAUUCUGUCUUGCUUCCAAUGCAAGAACUCUAAACAGAUCAGAAGAAGAUAUAUCACAAAAACUUGUACAAGAGGCUAAAGAUCAACAUAUGCCUGAUCAUCAGAUGAGACUGUUCUCAAAGCUUUGUCAGCAAGAGGAAUUUAGAGUUUUCUUUCUCCAAGUUCCGUCUACUGUUACUGAGUACCAUAUGGUAUCUGUGAUCAUAGACACAUUAUCAACAAUAAUUUCUGCUGCACCAAGUUUGGAUUCUGAAGUCGGUCUGCAUGUUCUCCUGGAGUGCAUAUGCAACCCAUGUGUGGGUCUCAAGAGGUCUAUCCCUGGAUGUUCAGAUGAAACUGAUGCAGUCACUAAAUCAUCUGUUUACUUCUUAGAUUGUGAAUGUGGCUACAGAAACGCAUUCAAGGUGGAAAGCAAUUGUCCAAACUGCUCAAGGAAACUAUCACAAGAUCAAGUUAUGACUGACCUAGAUGUUUCAAAAGUAUCAUAUGAUUAUUAUGCUUGCAAGACACUGAUCUGCUGGCAAACAGUGCGUGGCAUGCCACAGGUAGUGUUCAGGGUACUUCAGUUCAUAUACUUCAGUUGCUUAACUGGUGCACUAGCCUUGCGAUAUACAAAUGAUGAAGAAUUACAAACACUUCUAUGCCUUGACAAAGAUAUGGAUGUGACAAAUCACUUUAAAAGCAGAUUGUUAUGCCAGUGGGAAUGCCUGAAAACGCUUUUAAGUAUGGGAGAUGAACAGCUCAAUCGUUUCAUGCAUAUUGUUCUGAGGCAAACUUGUGUGUUCUUGACAGAUGUAAAGUGGCAUGUUGGCACAAAAGUUGAAAGAGACGAGUUUGAAUUGCACAUAUCUGAAACUAUUUCUGCCCUUGUGCAAAGACGAUAUGAUGUUAUCAAGGAAGAUGUUGAAAAGUUCAAAGUUAUCUAUGGAAUGGAUGACUGGUCUCUGCAAGAUUCUGUUUGUGAGGUUUUUGAGGAAGGAAAAAGCUAUGAAUCAUUACCCCGCUUGUGGAGAGAAAUCACUCAACCAAAUCCUGAAAAUUUGAAAAUGCAAUUUCUUUUGACAAGUUCCAGAAAGAUGUUUCCUUUGCUCUCACUAAUGCUGUAUCAUGAGCAAGAAUUAAACCUUACAAAGCAUAUUUGGAAUGUAAUACAAUGGCAUAUUUGUACAGUGAAACACAUCAGUUACAGAUACAAGAAAAGAGAAUGUAGCAAGAAAACACUUGCAGAUUUCAGACAUUCUCUUAGUAGGGGGAGUGAACUCACUGGCGAGGAAGUAAAACAAACCUUAGAUGACUUUUUGCAGUCUUGGAUGGAGAUCAUAAAGAUGAAGUCUCUCCUAGACAUGUAUGCUGAUGAUUUGGGGCCUUUAGAAAAUAUCCAUCCAAAUACUGAACUGCAAAAGUGUAUUGUUGUGAAUGAAGAAUCCCAAGUAUACAAAGUUUUAGAAGUUCUUAUAAGAAUGCAAAAUCGCAUCUUAGAUGAAGCAAUGACUGUAACACUUCUGCAAGAUGUGUUGUCAAGUAGUUUUCUUUUGCGAUCAAAUACAUGUGCUACAGUCCCAAUAGUGAAAGUAGAAGAUAUUAAAGUGCAGCACAUCAUGAAAGGCCCUGACUUUGAUGAGCUGUUGAAAUUCUCCCAAUGCAACACUAAUUGUGGACAUGGAAGAGAAGUGACAUAUGAUUUUUUUCAGAUAGAGAAAGACAUAGCAAUUCAGUGUCUUUUGAACAAAGCAUACAUUGACAUUGGACAGAGUUUCCCAAGUAUUUCUUUCUCUGGUGAAAUCCAGCAUACAACAUCAUUCCUUCUUCAGGAGAUUGAACAACUCUUAGAACAAGAACCCUUGAGUCCUGAAAUGGAACACUUAGUGGACAAAAUGGAUCCAGCUGACCGUAAAGUGCUUAUGAACUACUUAGAGAUGACUUUUUGUCUGGUAAAAAGAACACCAGUAUCUCCCAAAGACAGGAAACGUUUCCUGACUGAUUUCCUAGAUUCGUGGCAGUAUCUCUUUCCUUACAGGGUCCAAACUAUUCAUGGCUUUUGUUCAAAUAUAUAUCUCUACAAUAUUGUUGCACUGUAUGAAGCUGUAGAAAAACACAUGGCCUCCGAUGUUGUGGACUCCCUGGAAGACAAAUUCAGGAAAGAGAUUCCAAGAGAAGCAAUAGCAGCAGUCAGUCAAGUUGUGAUCUUCGGUGAUCUUGAUUUCCUUCAAUCUUUGGUGACAGCACUUUCAAAAUAUGCAUACAGAUAUUUGCAGUCAACAGAUGCAGAUCCGGAGCAACAGCUUUCCGAUCAGCUUAAAAACUCUUCUUUGUGGCCUAAAGGUAUAAUCGAGAGAGUAUAUGCAGAUGACACUGACGAGGAGAAGGAAGUUGGCCUAUUACCACCAAGCAUAUGCGCUGAACAUAUUUUCCAUGUCAUUAUGUACUACAGAAAGGAAAUAAAGAAACAGGAACAAAAGGCAAAAUAUGGUGAUGUUCAGCACAAGCAGAAGCAGACAAAGGUUCUCAAACCAAAGAAAUGGAAACGCUAAGGCUUUUUGGUUCUAAUCAUUGUGCUACACUGCAGCAGCAGCUGGCACAAUUGUUUUUGUGGCACUUAUGACAGAGACCUCUUAUAAACCACUUGAAGAAUAUUUAUGAAUAUUAUCUAAUAUAAUGUUCAAAACCAAAUCUUUAUAGACCAGUGUGUUCAGAACCCAACUCUUGUUAUGAUUAAAUCAUUUCUUAACCAUUGAAGCCAAUUUGUAAAUAAUUUUAGUUUAUGAAGUAUGUGAUAAAUAGAGUACCAAAACGAUGAAGAUAUUAUUUCUUUCAUUUGUGUAAAUGAAGAUGCAAGAAAAAUUUGAAUCAUGGAUAGUAUAUUGAUUUUGUAUCUACUGUAUGUUAUGUUGUAAAUAAUUAUGAC